AUGAAUGAGAAAGAAAGCUUUGAAAAGAAAGUAGCAACUGGUUCACCAAUUGCUAGCAAAGUCAAAGAUCUCCACUGCAGUACCGAGGGAAGGAUUGGUGAGGGAUUAGAGCAAGAAGAGUCAAAGUCAUCAUUUAGUGGUGGUACCUCUACUAGUAUCAUAUCUACAAUGUGCGGUGAUAAAAGAGUAGAGUUCUUUUUUAAUGAACAAAAGAAGAGUUUGGUGGCUAAAGUUGGUAAAGAUGGUGAAGUUGGUAAAGUUGACCAAGUUGAAUUCACAGUAGUACUUCCUCCAAUUAGAAAUCAAAAUCAUGUCGCUCUUUCACAAGCUUGUCGCCUUCGAAUGUUGCUUAGAAAUAGACUUGUAAAGCCUUUAAUCGAUAAAACAAACAAAACAAUUACUUUUGGAACAGGAAGACAAGUUGAAUCUUGGAAGAUACUGAGUACCUACGAGAUACUGAACCCCGAAAACCCCCCAGCUGGAAUUUCGAGUGAUUGCUACCUGGUACGAUCAAAUGGAACUAUUAGUUUUGGUGUUGGAAAUACUGUCAAAACUUUAGAUAUUCACAAUGAUACAUGGUCAAUUCAAUCAUUUCAAACCAAUCAAAUUACAGCCAUGGCAGAGAGUCCCGAUGGCUUAUUAAUAGUUGGAGAUGACAAUGGUGUCAUUCAUAUCCCAGAAAAGGGUAUAUCCAUAGCUUUGGAGGGCCCAGUUCAAAGGAUCACAUUUAAAAAUCCAAAUGAAGUACUAGUGAAACAAGAAAACAUCAUUUCAUUGAUUUCUCUUAAGCCAAUGAAAUUAACUGGGCACGUUGAAGCCAAUGAAUUCUUUUGCCUUGGUAAUGGACAAAUUAUAAUUCAAAAAGAUAAGACUUUGCACAAAGUGGACAAAGAAUUCAAAUUGGAAAAAGCCUUUGAAGAAAAUGUAGACGGUGUUUUAUAUGGCCAUGACUCAUCCUUAUUGGUAUUGAAAGGCAAAAAAACAUUCAUUUUGUCUUACAAUGGAGAAACAAUCUCAUCUUUUGGGUGGAUAGAUAAAUGGGAAGAUCGAGCAAUAUCAAUACAUUUAAAAUCUAUAGACAACAAUAGAGUUGCGUAUAGAGAGUUUAAAGAAAAAUCCGUAAUGAGGAUUUCAGGAGAAAAGUCUACAUGGACACACAACCCCAAAAAACAUAAAGAAUGGUUUAUCAAUUGUUCAACAAUUCUAUCGGAUGGUUCAAUUAUCUAUGCAACAAAUCAACAAGGAGCAGGUAUUCAUCACAUCCAAUAUAUUCAAUUAGAUAAAAUGACAUCCUCAUCUGCCCAAGAAUAUAGCAUCCGAAUAUUAGAAGAAACGGUUGAUGGUUUGGUUAUUGGUUUUAAUUAUGGAGGAGGUAUAGUUAUUUUCGAACCAGACAUUGAAGCUUGGGAUCCAAACAUUGAUAAUAAUUUCAAGAAAGACCAACUAAAUCUCCAACUCAAGUAUGACCCUACCCAACUUCAUUUGUAUGACGAACUCGUCGCAUUACAAGGCAAUAGUCCUGAUAAAUACCUGGUAUUUAUGAGGGGGAUGGAGGCUGCAAUCAAGUUAAACAAAAUUUAUAAAGCUCGAAGAUUCUAUGAAAAAGCUAAAAAUGUGCUACCACUUUUUAAGCAAGAAGCAGCUGAAAGAUUCUACCAGCAUCUAAAAAGUACUCCAUAUAAACAACAAAGAAGAGUGGUCGCACUGGAACUGUAUGCCCUCACAAAAGAAGAAAAGUAUCUGAAAGAAUUCAACUCAACCUAUAAAUCAAGAUUAAUCAUUGGUGAAGGAAAUUUCUCAUACACCAAAUCACUGUUGGAAGAACACUCACAAUUGGAAGGAUUAGCGAAAUCAAUCAUUGCAACAGAAUUAAUCAAAAAGUCUGAACUCAAAAACAAAAUUAUUUUGGGAACCAUUGAAGAAUUAGAAAAAAAAGGUGUGAAUAUUAUGUUUGAAGUUGAUGGCCAAGUAAUUGGAAAAAGAUUUACAGAUCAAAAAUACAAAAGAAUCCAAUGGAACUGUCCUUUUGGUGGAACAUCAGGUACAGCCAGAGAAGAUUUUAAAAAAGUCGUACCAAAAUUCUUUCAAUCUGCUUCACAAUUACAGAAUGUUGGAGAUAGAAUUCAUAUCGCUCUCGAUCAAUCAAAGAGUUACUGGAAAGAAAGAAAAAAUUAUGUUUAUAUCGAAAGACAAACAGACAAUCCUAUUGUCAAAGGAUCAAUCAAGGCAAAAUAUAAACUAAUUCGAAAAAGAAGAUUUGGUAAAAGAUAUCCCAACUAUGAACAUAAAAUGACUGAUCAAGAUGGAUCAUCCUUAAAACCUUCAGUUAUUAGAGAGUUUGUAUUUGAAAAGGUUGACCAUGACAUUCCUUCAAUCCAAGACGGUGAAAUAGAUAAAAACUAUGUGAUAAAUGGUAUAGUGACCGAUCAAAAAAACAUAGAACAUUAUGGCAAUGCCUACUUUGAUUGUAGUACCGAUGAUGACUCUUCAGAUUACUGUGAUAGUGACUAA